AUGCCCACCACCUGCGUCUUUCAGCUGGAUCGCCUGAAUCCAAUCUACAAUAGUGGCGAGUACAUCAGCGGUCGGAUUCUCCUUCGAACGGACAAGGUGAAGCGGGUCAAUGCUGUAUAUGUGACUCUGGAGGGCGAGGCCAAGGUUCAGUGGUCGAUGAGCGGCAAGAGCGAGACGGCCAAUUACUCGGGCCAUCAGCAAUAUUUACACUCCCGCACCAACGUGUUCGAUAACAGCCUCUUCCGGGCAGGAGUCCACGUAUACGUGCUCACCCUCAGGAUUCCACCGGACUGUCCCAGCACCUGCAAGGGUCCCUACGGCUACAUCGCCUACACCAUCUCGCUGACCAUCGACAAGCCCUGGGGCUUCGACGAGGUCUUCCGGAAGCCCAUCAACGUGGUGCAGACCCUCGACCUCAACUACAAUUCCGAAUUCGCACUUCCUGUCAAGGAUGAAAACCUCAAGUAUCUCUGCCACUGGCCCUGCAUCUCGGGACCGAUUUGCUCCACUCUGACGCUGCCCGCCUCCGGGUUCACUCCUCUACAGGAGGUGCCCUUCCGGCUGGAGGUGGACAACCAGUCGCCGCACUACGACAUCAUCGGCGUGGAGGUGUCCAUCAAGCAGCACUUUGUCUUCCUCUCGCGGAAGCCUGUCAAGCGGAACUUCUACACGAAGACGCUGGUCAAGGAGCUGAUCACGGACCGCACUCUGCGCCUCUCCAAGCGCCAGUACGAGUCCAGCAUCUGCGUGCCCAUGGACACUCCCCGCUCCACCCUGAACCCCAACUACAUCGUCUUCCUGCACUACACGCUGCAGGUGAAGCUCAAGACGGGCUACUUCCACUACGACACGGAUCUCUCCGUCCCGAUCAUCGUGGGCACCACCUCCCUGCAGCACUUGAGGGACUCCGUCCACACCCAGCAGCCCGCCAGGAGGACGCCCACGCCGGAGAGACAGCGACUGAUCGAGCGGGUGACCCCCCGCCCGCCGACGGUGGAGGAGGAGUCCGCCGGGGAAGCGGACACUGCCCGAGAUGAACCGCAUCAGACGCUCGAGGACGACGAGCCGCCCUCCUACGACAGUUGCCUUCCGCCCUCCUUUAGUUUUGCCACCUUGGCGGGCAGUCAGCAGACUUUGGGGAGCAACAACGCGGUUGUUCUGCAGCGCAUCCACUUACCCAAGUUCCCCGGUUUCAGCACACUCAUUGGGACAGCUCCAGCCCACGGGUUCGAGGACUCCGGCUUGGAUAUGCACCUGUACAGAUCGUACGGCUCCCUGAACACGGAUCACACGGGCAGGAGUCUGGACACCUUUGGAUCCCUCUGCGGUCCUCUAUCCGAACAUGUGGAGGAGCAGGAGCAGGAGCAGGAAGCCGAGGAGCAGGCGGAGGUCCUGGAUGUGACUGCCCAGGUGCACCGGCCAAUUCUCAGAGCCCGAGUUGCCGAAGCCGAGGAGGAUUUGCAGGACGAGCAUCUGUUUUAGGGAUAAAGUGUCUUAUAUACAUACAUACGUACUACCACGCCAAGUAACGAGUAACUUAAGUGUUCAAGACUAAGGCUUAUAUAGGACUUUUAGGCCGGAUCCUAGUCCGUCGUCUAGUUUUAGGGAGCUUUCAUCGCGCCAUCCAAAAUUGAUCGAAUCGAACUUAUUGAGUGCCAAAGUCCCUUUUUUCUAGCACACAUAUUUACCGCUUCUCUACAUCCAUUAAACAUUUAAAUAUUCGACUUGAUACAUUUACUAAUUACCCUAAGUGCACCUAAUGCGUUCUUAAGUGGACAAUAAAUAAAUGCAGUA